UAUGAUUGAUAAGAUAGGAUACAAUAAAAUCUAUAUAUUUAAGGAUAUCAUACUACUAAAUAAGACAUGAUAUUUUACAAUAUACAUAUCAUGGACAUACUAUUUUAAGAUAAAAAAAAAUCUUAUUUCUAAUUUAAUUUUUAAAAUAUUCAAUAAUUUACUUUUUUAACAAGCAAAAUUUCACUUUAUUAUUCUUUUUUCUUAAAACCAUAACUAUGGUUUUAGUUUUAAGUCUAAAAAAAUAAUUAUUAAAAACUGUGAUUUAAACCAUAACCAUAAUUACUAACCGUGAAACUAUGGAUUUAAAACGAAAAAAAUUAAAACAAUAAUGGAGGGGAAGUUGACGUGUUACAAACGGAUUAUUUUGAUAAAUAUUUUCAACACAAAUAUGGAUGGAGAUGAAUAGAAUUAUUUGAUUGCAAACUCUUCUUUAAUAUAGGAAAAGUUUUAUGAAUUUAUUAUUAUUAUUAUUAUUUUACACUUUUACGGAUUUGUUAAUAGAGAAAUGAUAUUUAUAUCCACCGUUUCCAAUCCAAAAAAAAAAAAGAAAAAAAAAUGAGGAAAAAGAAACACUCUUAGCAAAGAAAGAAAGAACGGCGGAAAGCGAAAACAGGAAGGAAAAUCACAACGCCGCCUUCCCUAGCUUUUCAAGGUUUGAACCUCAGCCGCCUCUUUCUCUCUUAAACCCUAACCAAACCUCAUUUUUUCAGAUUCUCCAGGCUGCUGCACUCUUUAUCUCUUUACAUUAGUGUCAAAAAUGAAGGCACCAGCUCUCGCCCACCAUCACCACCUCCUCUCUGCAACUCGCAUUCCUAGGACCAACCUCAGACCCCGUACCGCCACCCCCACUUCCACCAUCCGCAUGUCCCUCCAAGAAAAUGCCCCCUCCCUUGCUGUAGUAGGCGUUACCGGCGCCGUCGGUCAGGAGUUCCUCUCCGUCCUGUCCGACCGCGGCUUCCCAUAUCGAUCCAUCAAAAUGCUGGCCUCCAAGCGCUCCGCCGGCAAACACCUCACUUUCGAGGACAACGACUACGUUAUUGAGGAACUCACCGCUGAUAGCUUCGACGGCAUCGACAUCGCUCUCUUUAGCGCCGGAGGCUCCAUCAGUAAACAGUUUGGUCCGAUUGCGGUUGAUCGGGGCUCCAUUGUUGUUGAUAACAGUUCGGCAUUUAGGAUGGAUGAGAACGUGCCGCUUGUUAUUCCAGAAGUGAAUCCGGAUGCAAUGAAGCAUAUUAAGCUCGGGAGUGGAAAGGGGGCGCUUAUUGCCAACCCCAAUUGUUCUACUAUUAUAUGCCUUAUGGCUGCCACGCCCCUUCAUCGGUGCGCCAAGGUAGUACGCAUGGUUGUCAGCACAUAUCAGGCAGCUAGUGGUGCUGGUGCUGCUGCAAUGGAGGAGCUUGAACUGCAAACUCGUGAGGUCUUGGAGGGAAAACAACCAACUUGUAAAAUUUUCAAGCAACAGUAUGCUUUUAAUCUCUUUUCACACAAUGCACCUGUUCUUCCAAAUGGGUACAAUGAAGAGGAAAUGAAAUUAGUAAAAGAGACAAGGAAAAUCUGGAAUGACAUGAAUGUUAAAGUGACUGCCACAUGCAUACGGGUCCCUGUUAUGCGUGCGCAUGCUGAGAGUGUUAAUCUCCAGUUUGAGAAUCCCCUUGAUGAGGAUAAAGCAAGGGAUAUCCUGAAGAACGCUCCUGGUGUGGUGGUUAUUGAUGAGCGGCCAUCCAAUAACUUUCCUACCCCAUUAGAGGUAUCAAACAAAGAUGAUGUUGCAGUAGGCAGGAUACGCCGUGAUGUUUCUCAGGAUGGAAAUUUUGGGCUGGACAUCUUUGUCUGUGGUGAUCAAAUACGCAAGGGGGCUGCACUUAAUGCCAUCCAGAUUGCCGAGAUGUUGCUGUAGUUCACUUUUGAUUCUUGCAGGGAGUUUUGUUUUAUGAAUUUAUUUAUGUGGGAGAUGAAGCAACGUUGAGCAAUAGAUUCUAUUGAUCCUCAAUGCAGAUAUUCAGAUGUGACAUGAAACAAAUUUUAGGAGUUCUUGUAGUAUUGUGCUGAAUUGUGGUUGGAUGUUUUCCACUUAAAAAGUUGUGCACAAGUUAUGCUAAUAUAAUUCUGCACUAGUAAUAAAUUAAUUUUGUUUCAUGAA